AUGAGGUUACACUGGUACGGGCUGCUGGUACUACUGUCCAGCAGUCUUAGUCUCCAGCAGGAAGUCAGUCGUCAAGCUCGUUUCCUUGCCCAGAGCAAAACAUGCACUGCUACCCAACAUUGCGAGAUUGGAUGCUGCAGCAGCGCCGGGCAUUGCGGCUUCGGGCCUGAUUACUGCGGCGAGUUCGGCUUCUGCGGCACGACGAAAGAAUUCUGCGGCGACGACGACAAGGUCAACCGGCCUUCUUGCAGCGUGGCUUCCACGCCUGUGAACCGCGUCAUCGGUUACUACGAGGCGUGGUCGACGGCGAAAAGAACCUGCUAUGGCAUGCGGCCCGAGAAGAUCCCCUUCGGCUAUUACACCCACAUCAACUUCGCCUUUGCCACCAUCGACCCUAGCACGUUUGAGCUCAUUCCUGGCGAUGACCGCACGGAAGACUACAUGCGGCGCAUACAAACCCUGAAGCUCAUCCAGCCCGAUGUCAAGGUCUGGAUCGCAGUUGGCGGCUGGACCUUCAACGACCCGGGACCCACGGCUACCACAUUCAGUGACAUUGCUGCGUCGACCCAGGCUCAAGAUGCUUUCAUCUCAUCGCUGAUAAAGAUGAUGAAUACGUAUGGCUUUGAUGGGCUGGAUCUCGACUGGGAAUAUCCUGUGGCAAAGGACCGCAAUGGACGUGGAGAAGACUUCAAGAACUUCGUCACCUUCAUGGAUCGGCUGCGCAAACAGCUCAACGACAAGGGCAUGUCCAAGAAAGGAAUAUCUCUGACACUCCCCUCCAGCUACUGGUACCUCCAACACUUUGACAUCAAGAACCUGCAACGAUCAAUCGACUGGUUCAACAUCAUGUCGUAUGACAUCCACGGGUCCUGGGACAUUGACAACGAACACACUGGCCCCUGGGUCAACUCGCACACCAACUUGACAGAGAUCCAAGAUGCUCUAGACCUUCUCUGGCGCAACGACAUCAAGCCUGAAAAAGUGGUUAUGGGCAUGUCGUUCUACAGCCGCAGCUUCACCCUAUCAGAUCCUAAAUGCACCAAGCCUGGAUGCAGGGUGGCGUCCGGGGGCAACCCCGGAAAAUGUUCAGGCACGACUGGCGUGCUCCUCCACCCCGAGAUUCAAGAUAUCAUUAAGGAAAACAAGCUCAGUCCCACUCUUCACCGCGACGCGUCUUACAAGGCAGUCUCUUGGGGCGAUCAAUGGGUGUCGUUCGACGAUGUGACAACCUGGCGACUCAAGAACAACGUGUUCCGUGGCCAGUGCAUCUCGGGCAUCAUGGUGUGGGCCGCCAGCCAGGAUGACGGCGCGGGAACCAAUAUCAAGGCGCUCGCAUCCUCGGUCGAUCGGAAAGUCAUGGCCGCACCCGACUUUGUCGAGAAGCCAACCAAGGCAGAUCCAGCCUUCCUGGAACCCCCAAAGUCAUGCACCUGGGCUGCGUGCGGUCAGGACUGCCCGUCGGGCUUUAAGCUCAUCUGGCGCGCUUCUCGCUGCAAGUCAGGCUACCAGUCAGCCUGCUGCACCAUGACCGAGUCCACCCAAGCCUGGGGCGUUUGUGGAUGGACUACUGGAAGCUGUGAAAUGGGCGAGAAGCAGAAGUGUCCCGCCGGGCGACCCAAUCGUGUGGCCGGAGCUGCCUGGGCUUGGGGAGGUGUUCCCCCCUGUGGCUGGGGCUCGAGCGAACGCAGCUAUUGCUGUAACGAACCCAUGCCUGCUGAUUUCAAAACGUGCCGCUGGAUCACCGAUGUCGAGGACCGAAAGGGUAAGUACUGCGAUGCCUGCCGGGAUGAUCAGGUAAGGAUCGCCGCUCGGUCUACCAGUGUGUGCCUCACUCCUUCCGAAGCCCUCUGCUGUGAUAGACCCAAGCUUGAGAAGCGAGACGACAAUCCUGCCAAUGAUACCUUUGGUAGCGACCAAGCCCAGGAGCUGCGCAAACUCAUCGACAAAUAUAUCAAUAACCCGUUGUGCCCUGCUAACUACCUGCACCCCCCUCUCCACGACAGUUUCCAGAAACGCUCGCUUUCUGAGUCCGACGAGCAAGGCCAUGAUAAGAGACAAGCCACAGACUGCUCCCGCACCAACUGGGAUGGCCUUUUAGGACAUGGAACCAACCUGAUCGAGAGGCGAGACGCUUAUAUGGACAAGUUGGCCAAGCCUUGGGACGAUGGCCUCGCUGGGCCGCUGGAUGUCGAGUACCAAGUUGCCAAACUUCGCAACUUCAGUGAUAUCUUCCCCUCCUUUGAUCCCAAAAGCACCGUGGAAAGAAUCUUAUACAACGCCCAAAGGGGAGGGGAGGGACAGCGACGGGCUAGGAAAAUACCGGGAAAGCUAUGCGCUUUUCCUCCCUCGGAAGAGGACAGCACGAAACGAGGUCUCGGCAAUAAAGAUGGAGAGGUCUUGGCCGAUUGGAACACGAGGAGCGAGCAUUCGCUUGAUCCUCGCAAGGUCUGGGCGUUGAUGAGUGGAACCUCCCCCAACAGCUCGCCUUACUUGACCACCAUCCUCCAAGGCAUUAUCAACGGAGCCCUUUCCCUGCACUACGCCAGAUGGAUAUGGUACACAGCGACGGAUGGAGGCGGUCAGCCAGGACCCAUGCUGGAGCUGGCCUAUUGGAUCGGUUCGGUCCCUGGAAGAAACCCCGGAGACGCCAGUCUCGACCAGUACCGGGACACUACACCCGGACGCAACGGAGAUAGAUGGGUUGUGUUUCAUCUCCAUUUCGACGGUGGCGGCCGGACGUUCCUCCACCGAUUCAACGGGCGCAACGGAGAAAGCGCCCAGAUCCACAUGGGAGCCAACAGAGUCCAGGUCUACCACGGCCACAGCAUCAACUCGGCCAGCAACAGCGAAGACUGGCGGGUCUACGGGGGCGGCAGGGCGGGAGAGCAGGCCCAGAACGCACGCGAAGGCUUCGACUGCAGAGAAGUUAAUACCCAGGGUAGGCUGUGGUGGGUUGGCAGAAACAUGAACUGGAACAACGUGGCGGGCCUCAGUCCGGAUGAUAUCACCUGGCUGACCCUGAUUCGGGACUGGGGCAUACGGCUGUACAACGACGGCAUCGUGGGCGAGAGGGCAUGGCGCCUCAUAUAUCCUAACGCGAGAGUGGUGGACGAGCGUACUGGUCGGAUGGAGGUAGGCGAGCCCAGAGAUGAGUACGCGCGGGACGCGGUCCUACGAGGUAAUAGUGGCGGCAACGGAUAUGUUUGGUUCUCUAGUUGGCUCUCUGAUGCUAUUAAUGGGCUGCGUCGGUACCAGGAUCCGCCGCCACCGUAG